AUGCGGGGCUCACCGAGUCAAUUAAUAAAAAGAUUUGGCGUACGUGGAAAGGGCCCGAAACACGGUGAAGAACGAUACAAAAUGCCGUUAAUCGAGAAUCCGUGGGGCCAGGCGACCGUGAAAACCGAGAGGUUGGGUGGGCCCUCCCCAAAGCUCUCGGACAGGGUGACCGAGAAGUUGGAGCGAACAAAGGAGGCAGCCUCGGCAGGAGUCGAGAAGACCAAGGCCGGGGCCCGCAAGGUGAAGGAGGGGGCCUCGUCGGGGGUCAAUUGGCUCAAGCUCAAGUGCAACAAGAACAAACUAUUCCAAAAGAAAUGA